UUAAGGGUCUCAUCUCAGUCGUGGUACUGAGGGUGGAAGAGAGCACUGGUCAUUCACUCCCCCCUCCCCCCUCCCAUCCCUCCUCCCAUCCCUGCCGGACCUGAGACUCAAACCCACGACCUUCGGGUUGCAAGUCCGACUCUCUAACCAUUAGCUUGCAACUAUACCAAGCUAAUAAUGCAGUAUGUAGCAUUAUGCUUGUUUAAUAUUGCCUCAGUCAGGGAUUUGUUGUUUUAUCAGCACUGUACUGUACUUAUGAGUUCUAUUAUAAGCCAGUCAUACAAGUUAAUUAUUAAUCACUUUGCUCAGGAAGAGCACGAUGAUGAUGAAGAAGAUGAAGAUGAGCGUAACCUGUGAUGACCACGGCCCUCAUAUGUUUCUUCAAGCAGCUCACAUUAAUCAGUAUGAAAUAUUGGAGAGCAAAGCAUGUACGAGAGAGCUAACUAGUUUGGUAGUUAGCACUUUUAUGUUCAUUGCCUCAGUAUCCCUGUAUUUGGCUCCAUCCAUCUGGACCCAAAUCCUAACCAGUUUCCCAGUCCCUGCUGAUGAAAAGCUUCCCCAUUACAUGAUUCUACCACCACCAUGCUUCACUGUGGGAAUUGUGUUCUCAGGAUGAUUUGCAGUGAUGAGUUUCCACCAAACCUAAAGCUUUAUGCCAAGGCUAAAAGGUCUCAUCAGACCAGAGAACUGCUGAGUCUCCAGCAUGCUCCAACUCCAAAUUAAAAAGACUAGCAUGACUUCUCACUUUCAUUCUUUUGUCUAUUCUGUGCUUUCCUUAUAGAAUCAGAUUUCUAUGUAAGCAAGAUAGAAGUGCUAGUGAUGGAAAUGUGGAAAAUGGGGACAUCUAAGGACUGAUUUUCAUAUCAUUCCACCAGGUGGAUUCUGACUUAUUUCGCUAACUUGCUUGUGUUACUUGUCCCCUAAAUGAUUAAACCGCUUUCCUUCGUGUCAUAUUUUUGUAUAAAUAAAGAUGUUGGCCACGUUUGAUCCAUGGAUACCUGGUAUCUGUUAUGCAGGACUUCGAAGCACCUUUUUUAUGUCUCUCGACAAGUCUGCAUGCAGGUUUUAGUUUCCGCUGAAUGAUUACAUCAAGUACUCUUAGCUCUGCAGCAUGUAUUCAGUAUAAACAAGCUGUGAUGGCUUGCCUGUCUGUCCCUAAUGUGCAUCAGUGAAAAACAGCUAUAAUGCUGUGAACCUGACAUGCAGAAAGCCUUAAAGCAGAUUAAUGCACUGGGAAAGUGGACUAUUGCUCUUUUGUAGGCAGCGUGAGCGUUUCUAUAGUCGCACUGAUUAAACUGAGAAGACUAUUGCAAGUAAUCUAAAUAAGUGUCAUAUGAGACAUCUAUUGACCAUCUUUCAGAUUUAGAAACUCAGCCAUACGCUGCUCUCUCCCUCUUGCUCUUUUGCUUUUACAUAUCCGAUGCCUCUAUUGACGUCCACAUCAUUCUGCCUUGUUGAGUUAUUGGAAGUUCCCUAAUUGGCUUUGUGUGCGUGUGUGUGAGCAUGAGUGUGCUUUAGACUCUCUUCUGCUAAUGUUAACCCCUCCACCCACUUCUUUGAAAACGACAGCCGUGUUUUUUCUCCUCCAAGCCCCUUUUUAUUUCCUUCCUGGAUCUCCAUGGAGCAGCCGGACUCUAGCAUCCCAGACGUCAGCAGGAAAGUGCAGCUGCGUGGCGUGCUGUGGAAAAGAUCCUCCGGAAGACCAUCAGCUAAAUGGGCUCGAAGAUUCUUCAUUAUCAAAGACAGCUUCCUGCUCUACUAUGCUGAGAAUGAGAAAAGAAACUUUGAAGCUAACAGAUACUUCAACAUUCAUCCAAAGGGAGUUAUUCCUCUAGGCGGAUGUGUGGUCGAGCCAAGGGAGGAACAAGGCAUGCCUUUUGCCAUGGUUAUCAACCAUGAGGAUUUUAAUGGAGACAUAGUGUUAGCAGCAGAGUCAGAGUCAGAGCAGUGCCAAUGGCUGGAGAUGCUGGAAGAGUCAGGAAAAGUCACCUGGAAGAAUGCCCAGCUAGGCGAGGCUAUGAUUGAGAGUCUGGAGGCUCAGGGACUGCAGCUGGCCAAAGAGAAACAGGAGUACCUGGAUAAACUCAUGGAGGAGACUGAAGAACUGAGCUUACAGAGAGAACAGAAGGCGGAACUGGAACGGCUGAAUCAGGUGCUGGAGCAAGAGAAGCAGAGGUUUGAGGAGGUGCUGAUGGAGCUUAGAGCCGAGCAGGAGCAGAUCAAGCGGGAUUUGGAUGGAACAGCUCGGUCGCUGAAAGGAGUCGAGUCUGAGAAAGAAGAGCUUAACAGUCUGACCACUCGACUACAGCGGUCUCUUGAGGAGCUGUCUAAGGAGAAGCAGCGUACUCUGGAUAUGCUCAGAGAGAAAGGGAUGGAUGGGAUUGACUCUGGAAAUCAGGCUUCUGCUCCUGAUCCUACAUACCCAAAACCACAGGAGCAGCUACAGGGCAACCUGAGAAACAUCGAGGAGCACAUGAAGUGUCUACUCUGUGAAAAGAAGCAGGCAGAAGAGAGGCUGAAAGAGAAUGAGCAGCGAGCUCAUGUGCUGCAGGAGGAGAGAGAGUUUUACUCAACUCAGGCUCAAGCGCUUCAGAAGUCCCUCAGUCAGCUAACAGCUGAUAAACAGCAGGCCGAAGCUGAGCUCAAGGCUGAGAUGGAGUCCAGGGCAGAGAUUGAACGCAGGCUGAAGAUGGCUGAGGAGGCCCUGAAGAACCUGGAACAGGGUCUGAACUGUUUGGAGCGCAGCCGAGAGAGAGAUGAGAGGAUGAUAGGAGACGUCAGCAACCUCCGCAAGUUCUUUGAGGAGUGUAUCUGUGCUGCAGAGAUCGAGGCCAAGCUGCCUGCCAUCAUGAAGAACUCUGUGUAUCUGCAUAAAGCUGCUGCUCGCCGAAUUAAAAGCUGUCGCAUCCAGAGACAUGCUUCUAGGCAACACUGGCGGAAACACUCCCAGUCUUUUGCUGGACCACAUGGCGAGACUUCCAGCCUGGAGGACCUGAAAGAGACCACUCAGUGUCUGAGUUCGGACAGCUGCUUUAGACAGCAGAGCAAAGCCCACAAGCCCAUCACACGUCAGGCCACAGUGCAAUCUGAGGACUGAGAUCAGUGUGAGGUAUCGACACCAACCUGGUCUGAUCAUCAAUCAAUGAGUAAAGAUUUGCACACAUUUUAGACAACUUGGAUGAAAAGUUGUGAAAGGCUAGAGAGGUUAGUGUUAUGAGAAGGGUCAGUGAUGGGAUAUUUUCUUUCUUUGUGUGAAAUCUCUUGCACUAAGGUACCAAUUAUUGGUUGAUCAACAGACAGAAGGUCCUGAAAGAUGUUAAAAAUCUUACCUGAAAGAUGUUAAAAAUACGACCACUUUCUCUGCUGUAAUAAGUUUUAUAUAUAUAUAUAUAUA